UCUGAUUGGUCAAGUGCUGAUGACCAAGGCGGAAGUAGUAACCUUUGUGAUGUUUACGUUUUGUUCUCUGAGCAGGAAACAGUCAGCCUUUACUUGCCCGUAUCCCAAUUAUUGCCUUAAUUAAGACAUUAUUGAUUGUGAAAAAGCUUUUAGUACAAGUUCAAGACUGAGCUACAAACUAUAUGUCACGUCUACGAGCCAACUUGCAGUGAUGGCGUCCAGAAUGAGUAGCAGCAAAGGCAAAAGCAAUAGAGACAUUAUUAAAGGCUAUCAUAAACAGGCAUUCGAGUACAUAUCCGUAGCGCUAAGGAUCGACGAGGAUGAUACAGGAGUCAAAGAGGAGGUUGUCCAGUGGUACAAGAAAGGCAUUGAGGACCUUCAACGUGGGAUUGCCGUAGAAGUCACAGGAGAGGGAGACCAGUAUGAAAGUACAAAGAGACUCCAAGAUAAGAUGGUCAACACUCUCGACAUGGCAAAAGAUCGGGUCUCACUUUUGGAGGCCACUUUGGAAUCUACAAGAGGCCUCCCAGCUCCCAGAAGUCCCCAGAAUGGUGGAAGCCAGCCGGCCCCCCAACCCAAGCCUGCCCCAAAAGGCCCGGCUGCAGCUGGUGGCGCCUCCAGUCAGGUCAGGCCGCCCCCCCCUGGCAGGCCAGCCCCCAGAACCAUCAACCCAAAGGUUACCCCACAGGCAGGCAGAGGGCCGACUGUUAAAGGUGCGGCAGCGUCGAAGCAACCCCGCAAGAGUGAUAUGAAAAACUUCAAAAACGUUGACAGCAAACUGGCCAACAUGAUCCUCAAUGAAAUUGUUGACAGUGGACCAGCCAUAUCUUUUGAGGACAUUGCCGGACAGGAACUAGCGAAGCAAGUGCUUCAAGAAAUUGUCAUUCUUCCCGCAUUGAGGCCAGAGCUCUUCACCGGCCUGAGGGCUCCAGCCAGAGGGCUGCUUUUGUUUGGUCCCCCUGGGAAUGGAAAGACCAUGUUGGCCAAAGCAGUCGCCAGGGAGUCUGACUCUACCUUCUUCAACAUCAGCGCUUCUACCCUGACCUCUAAAUACGUGGGAGAGGGUGAGAAACUUGUGCGAGCUUUGUUCGCUGUCGCCCGGGAACUACAGCCAUCAAUCAUCUUCAUUGACGAGGUGGACAGCCUGCUCUGCGAGAGGAGGGAAGGAGAGCAUGAUGCCAGCCGUCGCCUGAAGACCGAGUUCCUCCUCCAGUUCGAUGGCGUGCAGUCAGGGGGGGAUGACAGAGUACUAGUCAUGGGAGCAACAAACCGGCCCCAGGAGCUGGAUGAGGCAGCACUGCGACGCUUUGUCAAAAGGAUAUACGUGGCCUUGCCGGAUGAAGAAACUAGACUCAAGCUGCUCACACAUCUCCUAGGAAAGCAAGGAGAGCUACUGAACCAAAAAGAGCUUGCACAUCUUGCCAAGGUGACAGCUGGUUACUCAGGAAGUGACCUCACCUCGUUAGCCAAAGACGCCGCUCUGGGACCUAUCAGGGAAAUGGGACCCGAACAGGUGAAGAGCGUAGCGAUAAGCGAGAUGCGGCGCAUGAGGCUGAAGGACUUUGAGGAUUCCCUGAAGCGUAUCAAGCCCAGUGUCAGCCCACAGACCUUGGGUCUGUAUGUGAAAUGGAAUAAAGACUUUGGGGACACGACAGCUUUCUAAAUGCAUGGAACUAAUCAGUGGGCACUGUAAAAUACAUUGGCUACUAAUUUGAAUGUAUUGGCACUGACUGCCAUGCAGUUUGUCCCCAAUGCCUGACCUUUCUGUUUAUUUCUUGAAUUUCUACCUCUGGUACUUGGCACAAUGUGAGGUAGACCUAUAGUAUUUUAUUUGUGCAUUGAAAUAUUUAAACUAUAUUAACAGCAUUAACCUAAUUAGACCUUUAGAAAGCGAUUAGGGGGUAUUCAUUAAAAAACUGUUUAAGAUGUGUGUUGUACAGUAUUGCUGGUCCCGACAAUGCAGUUUAGUAUUUUUUUUAUCCCCUAUUUAUAUAGGUUGAAAAUAAGGGUUUUCAGGGGCUUUAUUUAAAUAAUUGGGUUAAUUUGCUCCAUUCAUAAUGACUUUUGAUAUGUUUUUACUGCUGUACUGUAAUACUCCCUGCCCUCCUGAAGAGGGCAGCAAACUUCUCCAUACUACAUCGCGCUUGCUCAGUAGUGAGCAACGUAAAGCGUUGAUAAAUUAAUUAGAGCGUUUGAAUUUUGUUUUUAUUUGCGAAUGCAUCAUACUAACAUACAAUAAAUAAAAUCAUAUGCAACUGAUUUACCGAGGUAACGUCU